CGAAGGCGGAAGUAGCGUAAAAUGCGUGGGCGGGGCCAAGCGCAGUCAUGUCGGCGGCCUUGCUGCGGCGGGGUCUGGAGCUUCUGGCGGCGUCAGAGGCCGCCCAGGCCGCGCCAAGCCAGGCCAAGACGAGCGGGGCUCCGGUGAAGCGAGCCCGGAAGGCGAAGGCGGCCCAGGCCCAGAAACUGCAGAACUCGGCUAAAGGAAAGGUGCCCAAGUCGGCGCUGGCGGAGUACCGGAAGCGAGAGUGUCGAGACCACCUCAAAGCAAACCUGAAGUUUAUGACUGCCACAAAGAGCACCCUCGCAGAGUCGGUGACCCAGAAGAUUCUGCGGCAGAACCGGGGCCGCAAGGCCUGUGACCGGCCUAUGGCAAAGACGAAGAAGAAGAAGAAGAAGAAGGCCGAGGGCACCGUGUUCACAGAGGAAGACUUCCAGAAGUUCCAGCAGGAAUACUUUGGCAGCUAGGCUCCCUGGAGGCCCCAUAGGAGGUUGGCCCAGCCUCCUGGACUUCACCGCUCUUGUGCCCGGCCAGCCCAUGCAGGGCACGGCCAGCAGAUGACAACACAGGGCCAGCUGAAGGAAGCCUCAGCACUGGAGUUCUGGGAGUCUGGAAUGGAGCUGGGAGCCACAGGGCAGAUUUACACUCAGACUGGGGCUGGCAUCUUCUGCUUGCUUAGGAAGAGCCAUCUGCCCUGCCAGAACGGGACACUUCUGACUGUUCUGUGUGCUUUGCCCCAGUGUGGUAUCUGGGCUGUUUGCUGUGUCCAAGGCCAGGUCCUGGGUCCUCAGGGGAAGGCUGCUGCAUAGACUUCUGGGUUCUAAUAAACGUGGGAGCUGUGUGCACUGCU